AUGGCAGAUUUUGACGACCAACGCAGCAGAGUUCCCGAGUCAGUGUUCUUGGGCGUCGUCUGGGCUCUCACGGGCAUGUCUUUCAUAUUUGUUGUAUUUCGUGUCUAUGCUCAAAUUACUUCAUUCCGUCGACUAUUCCUAGAUGAUUUCCUCGUUGUCCUCGCAUGGGUCAUUAUACUCACAGCUGCAUUCAUUUGGCAAGUCCAGGGGAAGAUUCUUUACGAGUUAUACGCAAUCAGCGCUGGCACAAAGCCAUUUACCCUUGAAUUCCUUCCGAGGUACAUUACAUUCAUGCGCUUUAAUGCUCCAUUUGAGAUAUUAUUUUACUCGGCGCUGUGGUGUGUCAAAUUCUCAUUCAUGGCACUCUUCUACCGAAUCAGUGCUAAGGUCAAGUCUCUCCGUAUCUGGUGGUUCGUGGUCCUUUUCUGUACAGCGAGUGUCUACAUUGCAUCGGUGGCCAAUGUCGAAUACAAGUGCAGUUUCGGAGAGCAGGACUAUAUCGUCACUGAAUGUCCCCAGCCUCAUCACGUCCAUUAUGAGAAUCGCAUGUUCUGGGCCAACUGUGCUGGGGAUGUUAUCACGGACUUGAUGAUCCUAUCUAUUCCCUUCCUUGCGUUAUGGAAAACACGAAUCUCGCUCCGCAAAAAGCUCAUCCUCCUCAGCAUUUUCUCUGCAACUAUCUUCAUUAUGGUCACCGCUAUACUCCGAGUGGCCGUCGGGAUGACCUAUGACGGUCAGAUGAAUAUCGACUGGCUAUGUUUCUGGAGCUUUGUUGAGGUGGACGUUGCUAUUAUUGUCUCCUGUGUCGCCUCCCUCCGGCAGCUCUUCGUCGCCUCACAGAAUCAGAGUUCAUCCGCGAGGGCCGCUUACAAAGAUACAAACGAGCCGAUUCUGAAAAAGUCAAAUCACGGACAUAGCCAAGAUCUGUCGCAGUCUGUCGGGGAUAUCGAAGCAUCCGCCGAUGAUGAUGUGCCUAUGUCGCCCUUGAGCGUUGUACAUGUUCGUCAAGAGUUCGAAGUGACUCGCGUUGAUGCAAGUCAGCCUGCUAGUGGUGACAAUACAUGUAGACACCGGACUACCUUUGACUAG